GUCAAAGUUCACAGUUGCCAUGUUAAUGUAUGAUCCCGUUUAUUUCUACAAUCUUAUAACUACUAAUCAUCAUAAGUCUACUAUUGAGAUACACCCAUGGAGAACAAGGUCCUUGUGGUUGGUCUGUGUAUAGAAGAUUUGAACUCGUGUGAUCUAUUAGUCAGCCAGAUAGCAUCAGGGCAUAUUUUCGGCCUUGAUCAGAAAGUUCAUCUUAUCAUCCAAGGACCUAGCAUUCAGCAAGUCCAUGACCUAUGUUUCGACAUACAAGACUGUGCCUAUACCUUGGUGCAAGCUAUUACAGGCUGUGCUUCUUUACUAGACACGAACCUCAGACCGGAUGUUGUGAUGAUUGUUGUGUCUGCACCCUGUUGCCAUGGUAACGUCACACGUGACCCACCAUACCCAAGCGCAAUGGACCACCUCGUCAGCUACAUUAACGAACUGACGCAACUUGUGACUCCGAGUCAGUGGCGUCAGUCUCAUGUCAUAGUGACAGGAGACAUGGCUGUGAUAGCAGCCAACUUACUGUCACAAAAACUCAAUAACAUUGUCACAGCUACACAGAUAAUGGCUGUUGACGGCGACUUGGCACCAGACAGCCUGAAGCAGAAAUCAAACAAACUGAGUUACAUUGACAGGCUGUGUAGCAGGAUCAGGCAAUGGUGGACAGGGUCUCAGAGUGCUGCAGUGACCUACUUGGGCAGCUACUUCAUUGACCUUAAGAGAUCAAGACCAACAAGAUCUGGGUAUUUCUUUUCAAUGCCUGUGGAGAUCCUUGCACCAAGAAAGUUUCAGGUUAGAGGUCAGAGUGAGUUCAAGGGCAACUACAUCACUGACAUAUGCAGAAAAAGUGAUGCAGCACAGGAAAUAAUGAGACAGUUAAACAUGGAACCUGCCAACAAAGUUGAGUUCUACCCAGCCAAUUUGUGAUCACAUAGUUACCAGUACCAAUGUAACCAGUUUGUGAUCACAUAGUAACCAGUACCAAUGUAACCAGUUUGUGAUCACAUCAAUAUGAAUGUAACCAGUUUGUAAAUAAAAGUUUUGUUAGUCAAUCAAAAAACAA